AUGCUCGGAUCCGAAUCCACAUUCGUGCUCUACGAGUACGACCCCAGCCUGCCGGCCGCAGUCAUCUUCGCUGUGCUGUUCUUCUUGACCACGGCAGUCCAUCUCUUCCAGCGGGUGCAAACCCACGCAAAGUACUUCAACCCGUUCAUUGUCGGAGGAAUCUUCCAGAUCGUCGGCUACAUCGCCCGCGCAGCAGCGCACUUCCACCAGACCUCGACCACGCUCUACGCCAUCCAGACCCUCCUGCUUCUCCUCGCACCAACUCUCUACGCCGCCUCGAUCUACAUGGUCCUGGCCCGGAUCAUCACCUUCGUCAACGCAGCCGACCUGAGCAUCAUCCCCGUAAAAUGGCUGACCAAGGUCUUCGUGUCGGGGGAUAUCCUAUCCUUCCUUCUCCAAGCAGCAGGCGGCGGAAUCAUGUCCGGCGGCUCCGCGAGCGGCAUGAAGAUCGGGCAAUGGGUCAUCGUCGGCGGUCUCUGCGUGCAGCUAAUCUUCUUCGGCGCCUUCCUGCUCGCCUCCCUCACCUUCCAUCGGCGCAUCGCCAGCCACCCGACCGCGCAGUCGGACAAGGCCACGGAUCGCGGGAGCGGCAGCUGCUGGCCGCGGGACUGGCGCGGUCUGCUGUUCGCGUGCUACCUCGUCAGCGGGCUCAUCCUGGUGCGGUCGGUGUACCGGCUGAUCGAGUUUGCGCAAGGCAACAGCGGGUACGUCAUCAGCCACGAGGCGUUCCUGUAUGUGCUGGAUGCGACGAUGAUGUUCCUGGUGAUGGUGGUGAUGAACCUGUUUCAUCCGUCGGUGGUGCUGCAGAGCGAGGUGCGCCAUCAUCGGGUGGGGUCGGAGGAGGUCGGGCUGCAGCUUGAGCGGCGGGGGUCGCCUGCGUCGGCAUAA